AUGCAUGUUAAGCGAUUCCCAAUUAGUCCACCAGUGCGUAUUUCCUGCAUGUCGUGCAGGACAGGAUACGGUUAUGGGAACGAUGGGGUGGCCCCGGAGCGUGAGCUGAGCCUGUGCGACUUGUGCAGGCCUGAGCCGUCACUGAAUACACACACGAAUGAUCUCAGCAGUGGGUGGCCACCAAAUAGUCUUCCUAGUUACCCCGAUCUGAGUGUCAUCGAGCUGUCCCCACUUUGGACCCUUCUGCGCAUUUUGUUACCCUUUCAUUUAUAUUGGAUCUUUUUUCCACUGUUCUCUUGGCCUAACCUCCCUCUUCACGCCGAUAAUUGUAACCAUUACACUCGCUUUGUGCAGGACGAUUCUCUCUGUGCGUCACCGAUCCUCUAA